AUGGAGGAAUUAAAGCCCAACACCAACAAAGAAAUAUAUGAGAUAUGGCUAAACUACCAAAAUAAUGCAACGCUCAAUGCCCAACGCCCAAUGCUCAAUGCUCAAUGCUUUAACGCUCAAGCAAAAGGGUGCGCCACCAACGCUCAAGCGACGAAUAUCAGUCAGGAUAGGUAUAUGAUGUAA